AUGCGCGUCCAAUUUGGGUCGGCCCUCGCACGACGCCCAAGCUUACUUGGAGACGUUUGGCGACAACGCAUACCUCGCAUAAAUGCAUGUGUGGCUCAUGCGGGCAUGCGCACAGCGACACAAUCUCGCCCGACACGCGUCAUUCGUCUAGGUGCGUUGGGUGUCGUGGGCGGUAUGGGUAUUUUGACGUACUCAUUCUUGCAGUGGCGGUUCUUGCAGGCGCCACCGAAGGACCCACAUGAAAAGGAACAGGAAAUAUCCUCUAUUCCAGCACCGUCGCCUUCACCUAAACCGAUUGUGCUCCGCGUUUGGCAUGCAGUAUCACUCUAUGUGAUCGAGCCGCUGCUGGUAUGCAAGCGGUUCAUUUUGCUGGCCUUGAUCUUUGCUCCAGUGGUACUCGCGACACCUCUUCUUUUUGUGGGAACAGUGUCGACAUACAAAGAUCAGGAUGGUCACCUUGUCGAGAGCGACCGAUGGGGUGCCUUGUUAUGGUAUCGUUUACUGGUAUCACAAAUGGAAAUGGCGGGUCCCACUUUUGUGAAGCUCGGACAAUGGGCUGGCUCGCGUCGCGACUUGUUCCCUGAUGAGCUGUGCAAUCGCCUGUCGAAGCUACACUCGAAUAACAAGCCUCAUUCAGUGGCCUACACCCGCCGAGUCCUGGAGCGCGUGUUUCAGCGUCCUUUUGACGAAGUAUUUGCUACAUUUGACGAGAAGCCAGUCGGUAUCGGUGCGGUAGGCCAGGUUUACAAAGCUGUGUUGCACCAACAUCUUCUUCCGUUGGACUACGUGGAAGAUACAAACGAUCAAAACCGAUUGCAUGUCGCUGCCGAGAAUAUUGGUCGUGAAUUGGCAUUGACAUUCGAGCAUGACCAAUCCACACACCAACAUGGCGCAGCUGUUGCCAUCAAAAUCUUGCAUCCAAAUGUCCAUCGCAUCAUCCGCCAUGAUAUCAAGAUCAUGCAGUUCUUUGCCGGCCUCCUUAAUGCGUUGCCCGGGAUGAGAUGGAUCUCGCUGCCAGAGGAAGUGGAACAGUUCGCUCAACUCAUGGUAAGCCAGCUCGACUUGCGCCAAGAAGCAUCUCAUCUCUCACGUUUCGAACGCAACUUUGCUGGCCGUGGCGGCACUGUGGUAUUCCCUCGCCCGCUCCAUGCAUUUUGCUCACAAGAUGUCUUGGUGGAAGAACUGAUCGAGGCUGUUCCUCUCAAGCAUUUCAUGCAUAUGGGGAGCGGCGCGUACGACUCGCGCAUCGCCGAGAUGGGUUUGGACGCCUUUCUCAGCAUGCUUCUGAUUGACAAUUUCACACAUGCCGAUCUGCAUCCCGGCAACAUAAUGGUCAAGUUCUACCGCCCCUCGAUGCGCUCACUUCUGCAAAAUAUCUUGUCUCGCAUUCUUUACCGCUUCGACCCAGAUUAUGUUCUUGGUCACCGAAACCGCACUGGCAUCAUCCCUGAUGAUCAAGUCGCUCAGAAGCUCGUAUCAUGCUCACAGCAUCCCGAUGACUGGCAUGCUAUGAUCCAUAACAUUCAAGAAGAUGGAUUCUUGCCUGAACUGGUCAUUUUGGAUGCAGGCCUCAUUUCCGAGCUAUCUCCUAAGAACCUGCAAAAUUUUAUGGACCUCUUCGCCGCUAUUGCCACACUCAAUGGACGACAAGCAGGAGCUUUGAUGGUCGAACGGUGCCGCACACCUGAGCUCGUGACGGACAAAGAAGGCUUCGUCAAUGCGAUGGAAGGCAUCAUCAGCAACGUGGCUUCGGGUGGAUUCAGUCUUGCAGCACUCGAUAUAGGACACGUGCUAAACAAGGCGCUGAAGGCCGUGCGCAAGUAUCACGUCAAGAUGGAACCAGACUUUGUGAAUACUGUCCUGAGUAUCAUGAUUCUCGAAGGUAUUGGACGCCGACUUGAUCCGAAUCUGGACCUAUUCCGCAACGCUAUUCCGAUUCUCCGCUCCCUGGGUCACAAGAUGUCUAGUGACGAAGCUCAGCUUGCUACUCUUCGUGACCGAAUGAGCGUGUCCACACUCUUUCCUAUGCUCAAAUUGUGGUUCUUUAUGGAAUGCCGCUCCCUAUUCCUCGCGCCACAAAACGCUCCUCAAAUUGUCGAUGCUUUCAUACGGUAUGGCUGGCUUUCGGAGUAG